AUGAUCAAAACUUAUUCUUCUAGUGAGGAUCAGCAACCUAUACCUGUGAAACCACUCCAUGAACACUAUUUAAGCAGCCGCCUCAUCUCUAAAUCCUCAGAAGAAGGCAGCAUCACGCACCUGGUUGGGGUAGAGGCAGUAUUGGAGUUGGAUAAAGUUGUCUACGCCAUCUGUAUCUCACUGCUGAAUUAUCCUGAUAUGAUGGAGGGUUCCAUGAUUGAUUCAUCACUGGGAAUGCACCGAAAUAUAAACCAAGAGGUUCAGGUUGACUAUUCUGCAGCGAAGUUGAAAGUGACCCAACCUGCCUCUGAGAGAUCUGUCGUGGUCUUUCUGCACUUUCAUGAGAUUGUUGGAGCUGGUGGCGGACGAGUCGUUGGAGGAUUUGGAGGUGGUGGCGGACGAGUUGUUGGAGAAGGUGGAGGUGGUGGCCGACGAGUUGUUGGAGGAGGGGGAGGUGGUGGCGGACGAGUUGUUGGAGGAGGGGGAGGUUGGGGUGCUGUUCGUUGGCUGAAAGGCGAAGAUGGUGUCCCAGCUUGCCUGGGGUAG